AUGGCGUCACAACCAUCUGGUCCUCGGAGCUCGUCAGGGUCUGCCCAGUCUCAUGCAUCGCGAAGUGGUGUGCCCGGAAAGCAAAUAUCGCAAAUCGAAGCCAGCGUCACACACCUCCUAGUCGCAACGAAACAACUACUCGAGACUUUAACCCAAUGGUCUCGACGAACCGCCACCGAAAACGAGGUAUCGGAUGUUUAUGUGCGCUUAGGAUAUGAAUUCAACUUGGCUUGUCGUGCCUUCGGUGCUAUUGGCGUGGAUACAUCAGACCUCGGCCCUGUGCCUGAUUUACUGCGGACGAUUCUGGAAGAUACAUUGAGUCAGGAUGCAUCUCCUCAGAGCCUGGACAGAUACUUGCCUCGUAUACGCGAUAUCAUAAUAAAUCUUUUACACGGCUUGAAAAAGAAACAGGCUCGAUUACGCUCGCGACAACCUCGAGAUGGGAUGCCACCGAGACAAGCCAGUUUUGGUAGUCUGGCAGGAAGCGAGGCUGGUCCGUCACAACCCGAUGAAGGCACACCUUCGUCGCCGCAAAAACGACCUUCUUCCGCCCGCCGUUAUGGCAGCAGUGGCUCAUUAGAGGACCAACCGCCAAUGCCGCGUGAUAACGCGGUUCCUGAUCGAGAAGCAUCACGAAGGGAUGCCGACAGAACCCUGAUUUCGCCUACUCCGACUUCUUCCUUGUCAGCAUCAGCACUUCAAGGGCAAUCUUCACAAAAUGAUAAGUCCACAGUACCUCCAUAUUCGACUCCCACGCCACCUCCACCACCUCCGAAACAAGAUGAUGCAUUGGGAGCUUUGCAAAGAAGCGGCGAGCUGGAGCGACGUGCCUCGCGCAGAUUUUCGGCCUACCAGAUACAGAAGCACCUUGGAACAUCCUCCAACGGUGUCCCUGUGCUACCGACUCAAACUACACCUAUACCCAAUAGAGGCCGGGAUGUGAGAGAAUCCUUGAACGCUGUCCGGUUGCGAGGGUCCUAUCAUGGUAGGCAAAAAUCAGCGAAUCGCCAGGAGUCAUCACCCAGUAGGACAACGUAUCAGCGUUCCACUUCGGUUAUUCCCGAAAAUGAGCCAAGUCAACCGAAGCCGCAAGUCGUCCCUGUCAGUGAAAUGCCCGCCAAUGACGACAGUCCCAUGUCCAGAACUCCAACAGAUAAGCUUCGGUCCGCGGUAGAAAUAGAUGGGCCCGAUAUUUCUACUGCUGACAGCUCAAUCUUGUUUCCUCAACCUGGCCAAGGCCUUCCUGUCUCUAAUGACAUUGAGCCAACGAAGACUCAGCCCACCGACGCUGUUCCUAGGACGCCCAAGGCUCAAGAACCUCCCAUCACACUUGGCACGCCACCUCAAGUCCAGCAGUUUAUACCAGAACAGUCUCCAUCUCCAGGCAAGGAGCUUACCUUGUUCUUGCAAUAUAAAAGUAAAAUCAAGAAAUAUGUCAUCCCUGAAGGGUCUACUGGCCUCACAAUCGGGCGUCUUCAGCUCGCAUUUAUUGAGAAAUUCGCAUGGAACACUCAACAGAAUGGUGUCGAUCUUCCCGAAAUAUAUAUCCAGGAUCCCGUUUCUGGGGUACGACAUGAGCUUGAAGAUCUAAGUGAUGUCAAAGAUCGAUCGGUCCUCGUGCUGAAUGUUGAAGUCCUUGACGAAGUGAAACGCCAUUUCGAUGAUGGUAUUGGAAGCAUUCGUCGGCUGAUUGAAGGCGUCAAGAGUACAAUUGACGGCCAGGAGACCGCAAUGCAGCGCGUCUCAGAGAGGCAGCUGGAUGCUGCCAAAGAGAUGGCGCGUCUAGCAGCCACACCACAAAUCACGCUCCCACCAAUUGCAGAUACUACCAGGAAAGUACAGUCUCCUGUACCUUACGAUGGUAGCCGGGUUGCCGAAAUCCAGAGCCUGCGACGUGAUAUUGCUGUUUUGCGCCAAACAUAUUCCAACUUCUCCUCUGAUAUUGCAGCCUCUAUGAGCAAGAUUCGCGCCAAAGCAAGUGGCGUCAAGACCGCUGCAGCUGUUGCAACGACACCGUCAUUCGAAGGCGAUGCGGGACGUGCUCGUAUCAAUUCUGGAAAGAAGGACCUUGGUGAUGAAUCGGAAAGACUUGUUGGUCGGGUUGAUGAUCUUCAAGACCUUGUUGAAGACCUACGAAAGGACGUUGUACAACGUGGCGUACGUCCACUGCCUCGUCAGCUGGAGGCUGUCAGUAAAGAUAUCAGCACGGUGACCAAGGAGGUCAAGAAGAUGCAAGACUUCCUCAAACGUGAGAAACCGAUUUGGACCAAGAUCUGGGAGAAGGAACUUCAACUUGUCUGUGAAGAGCGUGAUCAGCUUACCAUGCAGGAAGACCUGGCUGCCGAUCUUGAGGAUGAUUUAGAAAAAGCCGCCCAGACAUUUGCACUUGUUGAACAGGCUACCCGACAGCAAAACGUUCAAACCACAGACGGCGGACCUGUACUGCGCAGUACAUCUCGCACUCUAGCAAUCGACCAAAGUAUAGACCCCAUCAAGGCAAAGGACGGCGUGCUUGGUGAAGUUCGAGCUCUUCAGCCAAAUCACGAGUCUCGACUAGAGGCUAUCGAGCGUGCAGAAAAGGCCCGCCAGAAGGAACUAGAGUCUCGGCGUGUGGGUCUUUUCCAGAAAGAGCUGGGGUCAUUUGUGGAAGAAGGGAAGUUGAAGAAAAGCGGCGGAUUCGAGGAGACAGAACGCUUGCGUCGGGCGAAGGAUGAGCGGAUACGUAAGGAAGUUUGGGAACGCCAACAAGCUCGGGCUGCAGCAAUGGAGGAAGCGGAAAAGACGGCGCCUGAUGCAACCUCGCCAGAAGGAGAAAAGGGAACUGAUGAACCUCCUGAGGGUGAAGCAGAAUCUGCCCAAGAGGACUUUUCAUCACCACUUGCUGCUGAAAGCACAGAAACCUCAACACCGAACGAGCUGGAGAAUGGUACAACGGAAGAMCCCCCCGCCGAGCCCAAUGUUAUAUAG